AUGGCAAGCGAUACAACAACACGUUUAAGUCCAACCAUCUCAUACAUUGAUGUUCAUCCGUUGACGCCUACUCCAGCAAUGACAAUCAGUAACACAAACAGCACCUCGAAUUCUCCAGUCAGCUCCUUGCCAUCAUCGCCUCCACUCUCUUCUCAACAACAACACAAGCAAGAAGAUGUUACAACAGUGUUUGUAGUCGGCUUUCCUGAUGACAUGCAAGAAAGAGAGUUCCAAAAUAUGUUUAUAUUUGCAAAGGGAUUUGAAGCUGCUUCUUUGAAAUGGCAUUGCAGAGAUCAGCAAGACGAUCAAGACUUUUACAACAUUCUGAACAAUCUAAGCAAGAAACAAAUGAUUGGUUUUGCAAGAUUCAGUACUCGACAAGAAGCCAAGGAGGCUGCUAUGGAAAUGAAUGGUAAACGGGUAGAUGUUGAAAAGGGAUGUAUUUUGAAAGCGGAAAUGGCAAAAAAGAACUUGCACAUCAAUCGCAAUUCCAUCGUACCAUCCACCGGUGCCGCUGCCUCAGCUAUCAAUAGUAACAGCUUGAUGCUUUCUGCCGUUUUGCUACCCGAACCAGCUUCCAGUUCUCCAAUGUCAAUCAUGUCCCGAAGACUUAGCCAACCUCAAGCCCAGCACAACGAUCUGUUUCCAACAUCACAACCCUCUGCUACUGCCGGUGCUGGCUAUGAAUCAUUCUCUCCUCUUCCAAGUGAUUUGCUGUCUCCAGGAGACUACAAGAAUGACCCUUUUUUAAACGAAACACUCAUGACAACAACAUCCAGCACACCUUCAUUUAGUGAUUCUCUGUUUGGUCUCCGUUCCCAAUCAUUUGAUGGCCGAAACGGCAUCCCUGCUACAGCAACAACGAGCCGUAGUCGUAACAGCACGAUUAACAACAGCACAAAUGACAUGGCCCAGUUCAACUUGUUUUCCAAGUCAUUCAACUCAAAUGAGCUUGACACUGAUCCAUUCGACUACCUGUCAAAAUCAACACCCGUCCCCCACCAUGAAUUUGCAUUUUCCAUGAACAAUAACGCCUUUUUUGGAGAAGAUCUACUUAGUGUCAACAGAAAGAGCUCUUUACAGCCUUCCUCACCCAACAUCGCAAGAUCUGCUAGCAUUUCUGCUGGUUACUUCCGUUCCGCAAACAGUCCGGCCGAUCAAAAUCCACCAUGCAACACGCUUUACGUUGGUAAUUUGCCACCUGCUACAAGCGAAGAUGAAUUGCGCUCUUUGUUCUCUACUUGCGAGGGAUAUAAGCGCAUGUGCUUCCGUCAAAAGCCUCAGGGCCCCAUGUGCUUUGUAGAAUUCGAAGAUGUGGUAUAUGCUACUCAGGCCAUGAGCCAACAUCAAGGCCAUGUCUUGUCCAAUUCCGUCAAAGGUGGUAUUCGACUCUCAUUCUCCAAGAAUCCUCUCUUUAUCAAGCCAAACAAGGAUAUAAACAGCACUGCAUUUAGCUUCAAGCAAAUGGGAACUGCUCUUUUGGCCGAUCUAUAA